GGGAGAAUUGUCAGAGUAGAAAUUUUCUUCUGAGGUUUUGCUUUUUGUAUUUUUUUUUUAAUUUAGGAUGAUAAGUACUUAUGUUCAGACUCUUCUAAUAAUUUUCUUUUGGAAUGCUGAUUGUCAGAUUAUUCCCAGGAUUGAAGAAUGUGGACUUUCAUGUUCUCAGGGGAUUCACUGUAAAAGCAAACCUUCUGGUGGCAUUUUUAACAGCUUCUGCCAUGAUGCUCCUGCAUCUUUAUCUUCUGGGGUACUGAAAAGCAUGAAGAUCUCAACAGUGAUGAAAUGUGUCCAAGGAAGCCCAUGCUCUCUCCAUUUAAACAUUAAAGGAACACUGAGUCUGGAUGAGAAUGUCCGUGGGCUAGAAAUAUGUUCUUUUUCACUGGACACACAGCAAUCUCAAUGCAUAAACGUGAGAUUCACUAGGAAAAAAAGCAAGAUGCUUAAUGGAAAGAAGGUACAGGUACAAUUCAAUUGCAUUGAAGUCAAUGUAGCACAACACAUCUAUGUGACCAUGAAAACUGUACCACAUUACUGUGAAGUCAAGCUAAGUCAGCAAUACUAUGUUGAAGAUUGCAGAAACAGUGAUGUGGGAAAAUAUAUUCCAGCUUGUUCAGCUGGAAAGUUAGAUUAUAAUUUAGACAGGGCAAGGCAAAUUGUAACAGUGAAUGUAUCCAACUUUCCCCGAGAUCACGAUUAUUACGUUCGCCUGUGCCGUAAAUGGUUUACCUGUGAAGAUGUUGGGGCAUUUGCUGUGAUAAAAGGAAAGGAAUCUUUUAAAUCCAUUUCUCUGAAAUAUUCUCAGCUACUCCCUUGUCUUUGCAUUGAGGGUUGGCUGGCACUUCCAGAUGCAAGGAGGAUACAACUUUGCCCCUUUGAAAAUGAUACACAGGUGCUAUGGGACAAUAUUGUUUAUAAUCCAUCAACACAAACCCUUGCCUGGGAGCCAGCCUGUCCUGUCCUUGUCAUGGUUAACCUGUGCAGGUUCACCAAGUCCAAUGACCAUUGUGAAGAUAUAGAAAAAUCUUUCAAAAAUUCUUCUGAGAAACAGGUUAAAUAUGCUCGUGUGGACACUCACCCAAGACUUUGCAUGAAGUUUACCACCAAACAAGGAUCUUGGAUUAAAUGUCCAUUUGCUCAUGGAGAAUUUCCAGCCUGGAAAAUGAGGACUGCUGCAGUUGCAGAACAAAUACAAGUUUUCUUCACAUCCCAAACCAAGGCACAGUUCUCAGUGCUUGUGUGUAACAGGACGCAGAUGGCUUCAUGUGACUCUCUUGGGAUGCACCAUUCAGUCUCUGUGGGAGAUUCUAUUUCAAUCACUAUGUCACAGGAAAUGUGUGGGUCAACAAUUUGCAUUCAGGGCUGGAGAACAGAUGUAGAUUAUUCAGUUCCACUGCAGAUAUGUGAUAUCUUCUGUGGUUUUCAUGGUCAGUCAUUCAGUGAUGGAAACCCAUCAAAAGCCAUGACACACAGGAUGAAGAGUGUGGAGUCCUUGCACUGA